GUUGAGGCGCCGGAGGAGAGAGAGAUUUGCUUUGCAGAGGCGUUGAGGGAGAGAGGGAGCCACGCUCUGCUGCCGAUCCGCCACCGAACUGCCGCACGCGGGGAGCCAUUGCCAUCGCGAGCUGUAGCGCCGCAUAGUCCAGCCACCGUGACCUCCGUAGAGCCACCGUCGUUGCGCUGUUCCGCCAUCACCGCUGUUGCCCUAGAGCUCGCCGUCGUCAUUGAGCAGGACGGAGAUGAGAGAGAGCGCGAGCGAGAGAACAGAGAGUCUUAUUGAAGACCUCCCUUUGAAGUUGUCAAGUAUACAACCUUUAGACUCUGGUUCUUGCUUUCAAUGGAAGAAUCUGAAGGGCUUGGCCACCAUGGUUGAGAACUGUGAUGAUGAGUUUCUAAAGUUUGAUCUGGAAUACCAACAGGAUGUGACAGCAACUAAAAGAAAUAAAUUUGAGGAUUAUUUUUUGAAGCGACGAGAGUUGCUCAUGGGAAUAUAUGAGAAGGAUUUUGAAAGGCCUUCUCCUAUCCAAGAAGAAAGCAUUCCAAUUGCUCUUACUGGUAGUGACAUUCUUGCAAGGGCUAAAAAUGGGACAGGCAAAACAGCUGCAUUUUGCAUUCCUGCAUUGGAAAAAAUUGACCAGAAACAAUCUAUCCUGGCAAAGUUCAAAUUGUAUUGCUCUCACGCCUGUGGAACAAUUUUGUUAAUAGUGUCUACUUAGUGUUAGUGUAUAUAUCACUGUAUAAAACUAAGAUUGAGACAAGUGUAUUCACUCAACUAUAUUGAUAUGUUAGCUGGUUACUUUAAUCACAACUUAUCUUAAUUGUUGAUUAU